UGCUGGAAGAUGAGACUUGUGGCUCUGGUGGUGGUGUGCGGGCUGAUUGUUGGUCAGGAUGGAGGCAGUGUGGGAGCAGCUCUGCCAGGAUAUGACUCUGCACAGAGGACACGAGCAACAGGAUCAGGAUCAGGAUCAGGAUCGGUCCUCUCUGCGCUCAGCAGGAGGACCGCAGCGGACUUCCUGGACCAGGACCCCAACCUGUGUUUCUCCCUGAGGGAGAAUGACGACCAGCGGCAGCUGCUGUGCAACGACCGCAGGAGUAAAUUCAACUUCAACCCGUUUGGCCUUCGCUUCGGGAAACGCUACAACGGCUACAUUUACAGAAGAGCCGUUCAAAGAGCCAGGACAAAUAAGUUCUCACCCCUCUCUCUUUUCCCGCGAGAACUGGAGGUGCCUAACUGAAACCUUCCCGAGUCUUUCCGUAUGUGUUAAAAAAAGACCUUUCCUUCAGAUGACAUGAUGUUUCCCUGAAUAAAACUUUUGUACCUACAUUUACUGCGAAACUGAUUUGAAAUCAACAACAAUGGAGGGAUUACAAGCAAAAAUGAUUUAAUGAAAUAAAACUGAAAAAAAGGGGGAAAUGAAUCUUUAGACUAGACGUUUCUGUUGCGUGUUUUCUCUUCAUCACCUCAGUAGUUCCCGUAAGAAACUGAUUUGAUAAUGAAGGAAAAAUGUCACAAUAAAAAGUUUGGUGUUACAAUAAAA